CAGAUGUGCAAGGGCUGACUGGCCGUUAUCGACUUUAAAGGCAAAACCGACUCAUGAUCGAAAACAGUAUUUUGUGAUAUUUUUUCCUCACACCAGGAAUUAUUCUUGGGCAGACAUGUUACUUGUUCGAUCCAUUAAUGAGUUCCCUGAGCCUAUUGCAUAUAGGACUCAUAACGUUGGACUAAAAAUGGUUAGAGAUUUGACUGUUGCACGGCGGUACAUACAGCAAAAGCUAGCUGUUUCCAUGCUGAAUAUAAUUGAUCAGUUCCAUUGUGAGGCUUUGAUUGAGACAGCACGUAAUGUGAUUGUCUGGAAGGAAUUUGCUAUGGAGGCUUCACGCUGCAAUGGUUAUUUUGAUCUUGGAAAGAUGCUUUUGAAACUUCAAAGUAUGAUAUUGCCAUGCUACAUAAAUGCUAACUGGCUUCGAAAAUCUGUUCACUUGUGGGUACAAAAAUGUCAGAAUGCACAUAGUGCUGAAUCCAUUGAAUUGCUAAAGGAAGAAUUGUAUGAUGCUAUACUAUGGAAUGAGGUCAGGUCCCUUGGGGAUGCAACAGUGCAACCCACACUUGGUUCUGAGUGGAAAACCUGGAAGCAUGAAGUUGUGAAAUGGUUCUCAACUUCUCAUCCUGUAUCUAGUGCUGGAGAUUAUCAAUCAACGGAACAGCGAUAGUCCUUCACACACAAAUAUACAAGUUAGCAAGAAGAGGCCCAAGCUUGAAAUCCGUCGUGCAGAGACACAUGCCUCCCAGGUGCUAAGCAACGAUUCAGAUCAAACCAUGACUGUUGAAAUUGACUCUGAUUUUUUUAGUAACCAAGAUGCUGUGGAUGUCAAUCUGCCAACACUGGAACUUUGUAAAAAGGAAGAUGAGAGAGGGGGAAACCACACCAAUGAACACGUCAAACACUUUGACUGACAGAUGGGAUAAUAUUGUUGUUGAAGAAAGGGAUUCAGAGCUCUUUCACACCAAAGUUGUUGAAACAACAACCGCAAGUGAAGAGGUCAGGAGUGCCUCAACACUGCACAGUCAGCCUAAGGAAGUGGAAUUAACACCUGUGAGUGAUUCGGUUGCUAAGAAAUUUGUAGAUGCUGGGAGUAAAAACCGGCAGUGCAUAGCAUUCAUAGAGUCGAAAGGAAGGCAGUGUGUGAGGUGGGCAAAUGAGGGGGAUGUUUAUUGUUGUGUGCACUUAGCAUCUCGCUUUACUGGUACCUCUAGCAAAAUGGAAGGGACACCCCCUGUUGAUACACUAAUGUGUGAAGGUACGACUGUGCUUGGCACAAGAUGCAAGCAUCGGUCAUUAUAUGGUUCCUCAUUCUGCAAGAAACACAGACCUAAAAAUGAUGCAAAUAAUAUCUUCCUUUCUCCAAAGCACACACAAAAAAGGAAACACUUGGAGACCACAUCCUGCAGAGAUAUAGUUUUGAUGGGAGACUGUGAAAGUCCUCUGCAAGUGGAGCCUGUAACCCUCUAGACCCCGGCCUAUACGUUU